GCAGAAUCGACGAUUUUUGUUUCCCUCGACUCUCAAUCAUAUCAGUAACCCUCCUGUCUUCUUCUUCUUCUUCGUUCCCCUCCUUUGAGGGUUUUUUUCUUUCGAUUUUCUACUUUCUUACUUUUUUUUUUCUUUUCAAUUUUCUUUUUCUCUUACCUUCUCUUCAAAUUUAAACCUAAAUUUCUCGGCUUCCACCGUUAAUACCUAUUUCUCUAUCGCUUCUUCGUCAUAUAUAUAUAUAUAUAUAUAUAUAUUUAGAGAGAAAGAGAGAGAGAGAGAGGAAGAUGCAGCAACAGAGGCUGAAGCAGCAACAGGCUUUGAUGCAGCAGCAAUCUCUCUACCAUCCAGGUCUCUUGGCCGCUCCUCAGAUAGAGCCUAUCUUGAGUGGAAAUCUGCCUCCUGGGUUUGACUCAAGCACUUGCCGCAGUGUGUAUGUUGGAAAUGUCCACCCACAGGUUACAGAACCACUUCUCCAGGAGGUGUUUUCAAGUACUGGUCCUAUUGAAGGGUGCAAACUCAUCCGAAAGGAGAAGUCAUCCUAUGGUUUUGUGGACUACUUUGACCGGAGUUCAGCUGCUCUUGCUAUCGUGACUCUCAAUGGGAGGCAUCUGUUUGGGCAGCCCAUUAAAGUUAACUGGGCAUAUGCUAGUACUCAGAGAGAGGACACAUCAGGUCAUUUCAACAUUUUUGUUGGCGAUCUUAGCCCUGAGGUUACAGAUGCUACAUUGUUUGCAUGCUUCUCUGUUUAUCCUAGUUGCUCAGAUGCAAGGGUCAUGUGGGAUCAGAAGACUGGGCGUUCAAGGGGUUUUGGGUUUGUUUCUUUCCGAAGUCAGCAGGAUGCUCAGAGUUCAAUAAAUGAUUUAAAUGGAAAGUGGCUUGGAAGCAGACAAAUCCGCUGCAACUGGGCAACAAAGGGUGCUGGCAUUAAUGAUGACAAACAGAAUUCCGAUGCCAAAAGUGUUGUGGAACUCACAAAUGGAACAUCAGAAGAUGGCCAAGAGAGGACCAAUGAGGAUGCUCCAGAGAAUAAUCCCCAGUAUACAACUGUUUAUGUUGGCAAUCUUGCUCCGGAGGUUGCUUCUGUUGAUCUCCACAGGCAUUUCCAUUCUCUUGGUGCUGGUGUUAUUGAAGAUGUCCGGGUACAGCGAGAUAAAGGUUUUGGUUUUGUAAGAUAUAGUACGCAUGCUGAAGCUGCUCGGGCUAUUCAGAUGGGAAAUGCUCGGAUUCUCUUUGGCAAGCCAAUUAAGUGCUCCUGGGGCAGCAAGCCCACUCCACCAGGAACCAGCUCUGCCCCAUUACCGCCGCCAACUGUUGCACAACUGCCAGGUUUUUCCGCUGCCGACCUUGCUGCCUAUGAAAGACAACUGGCACUUAGUAAAAUGGGUGCCCAAGCGCUGAUGCAUCCACAGGGUCAGCGAAUUGGUGGUGCUGGGGUUAGUCAGGCAAUCUAUGAUGGUGGGUAUCCAGGCAUUGCCACAACCCAGCAACCUAUGUACUAUCAGUAAUAAAUAAUUAUAUAGAUUUUCCUGUUAUAGCUCCUACAGGAUCGUAAACUUAAAACGAACGGAUGUAGGAUGCAUGAGCUUUACCUGACCCCUUUUUUCUUCUUCCCAUUUUUAUCCUUCCUUUAAUGACGGUUAGUUUGCCUGUGCCCCCUUGUGUACCUGCGGUGUGUAUGGAUAUGGUGCAUAUGUAUUAUCUGUGUUGGGGACUGCAACUCCACCGAACCUCAUUUAAAACCUCAUAUUUUGUGUGGAGUGAUUGAGUGACUUUGCUAGUUUGAACUUGGAACAGUAUUUUCUUCUGUAUUUUGUUCUCAAUCUUUGUUAGAUUGCUACUCUGUGGAGACCCGAAAAACAAAUGUGUUAAAAUGUGGUGGUUCUAUUUCUAUCAAUCAAGUCAAUUUGGGUUGUAGGUUGGUAGCUGCCCUAUGUUCCA